AUGGCAUCAUGCCUUUAUGAAUGCCUUUGUGAGGCAGAACUGGAAAAAUACUAUCCUCAUUUUGCUGCUUUUGGUCUUCAGAAGAUUGAUGAGCUUGCCAAAGUUUCCAUGAAAGAUUAUACCAAACUGGGAGUCCACGACAUGAAUGACCGCAAACGACUCUUUCAGCUCAUUAGAAUAAUCAAGAUUAUGCAAGAGGAAGGCACUGCAGACUUAAGCAAACAAGAUUUUCAACAAAGUGGCCUUUUCAUUCAGCCUCAAGUGACCAGAUCAGGUCCCCGUAGGCAGCUGCGUUUUGAGUCUUUCUUUGAAGAAAAUGAUGGAUCAGUUAAACACUGUGAAUCUGAAUCGUAUGGUUCAUCUGAUUUCAGUUCCCAUGAAGAGAAGAAGAGUGAAGGGGAAAUGUUGGGUCACAUUCAACUACAUGAUUCAGAGCUGAUCAGAUUAAGUAGAAGAGACCUAAAUAUUCAUGGAAUAUGCACAAAAAAGGACUUGAGCUGUCCAACAGUUUCUGAUGAUAUUGGUCCUCUCCUAGGGGAUUCUGAAGCUCCUAUCAUACAAAGAAUAACUCAUAUUUCAGGGUAUAAUUACGGACUACCUCACUCCUGUACCAGAUCCAGCACUUCUGAGAAAGAGAGUCCAUGGACAGAAAGUGAAAAAAUAAGAGUGUGCGUCCGAAAACGUCCUCUAGGCCUGAGAGAGAAGCGACGUGGGGAGGUUAAUAUCAUCACAGUGAAAAAUAAAGAAACCCUACUUCUCCAUGAGAAGAAAGAGGCUGUUGAUCUUACCCAGUAUAUCUUACAGCAUGUUUUUUAUUUUGAUGAAGUCUUCGGGGAAUCCUGUACCAAUCAGGAUGUGUAUAUGAAGACAGCUCAUCCUCUCAUUCAACAUAUUUUUAAAGGAGGCAAUGCAACCUGCUUCGCAUAUGGGCAGACUGGUGCUGGCAAGACUUACACGAUGAUAGGUACUCAGCGGAACCCAGGACUCUAUGCACUGGCUGCCAAGGACAUCUUUAGACACCUGGAAGCAUCACAGUCAAGGAAAGAUCUCCUUGUUUUUAUCAGUUUUUAUGAGAUCUACUGCGGACAGCUCUAUGAUCUGCUAAAUGGAAGAAAAAGGCUUUUUGCAAGAGAAGAUAACAAGCAUGUCGUUCAAAUAGUUGGACUGUGGGAGGUUCAUGUGGACUCUGUAGAUCUACUGUUGGAGGUGAUUUUGAAGGGGGCAAAAGAACGUAGCACAGGCACUACCAGAGUCAAUUCGGAUUCCUCUCGAUCUCAUGCUAUCAUCCAAAUCCAAAUUAAAGACACAGCCAACAGGACAUUUGGAAGGAUAUCAUUCAUUGACUUGGCUGGCAGUGAAAGGGCAGCUGAUGCCAGAGACUCAGAUCGACAGACAAAAAUGGAAGGAGCAGAAAUAAACCAAAGUCUUUUAGCACUAAAGGAAUGCAUUCGGGCAUUGGAUCAGGAACACGCGCACACUCCUUUCCGACAAAGCAAACUGACUCAGGUGCUGAAGGAUUCUUUCAUUGGCAACUCCAAGACGUGUAUGAUAGCGAAUGUCUCACCUAGCCACAUGGCUACAGAGCAUACCCUGAACACUUUGCGAUAUGCUGACAGGGUCAAAGAGCUGAAGAAAGGGAUUAAAUGUUCUACCCCUGUGACAAACAGGCGUCGGACAGGUGGAAAUGUAUCUCCAAAACGUGUCCAAAACUCUAUGUCUUUGACACCUGGGGAAAAGUGUUGUCCAAAGAAAGUGAAGCUAGGCCUCCAGCAUUCCUCAAACACCACAAAAACAAAGGCAUGUCCUGCAGCACUCCAGCCACGAAGUGUCCCUUUUACCUCUACCCCCCGGGCAGUCAACAAAGGACAUGCCUACAAAGGGAAUCCCAGCUCACCACGGUUCCACCACGCUAGCCCAGGUAAGGGCAUCCUACAGGUACCGCAUCCCCUGAAGAAGAAAACCGAUGACCUGUCUCCCCACUCUGACAAGAGCCCCACUGCAAAGGAUUUAACCAUCAAAGAUGCUUCCGUGGCAGAAACAAAAGACAGUAGCCAGAGAGACAAGUGUAUGCAAGACAGACCGCCUGUCCAGUGCCUGAAAGUGCAGACAGUGCAACCUGUGCAGAAACAGCUUGUUUCUAAAGAUGAGUUUUCCUUUGGAGAUGAAAAUCUGCCUUCCGACACCAGACAGGAAUGGGGAAACGCCUUUGUUAAACCGUGUGUUGAAACCUGGCCAAAUCUGCCUCCAUUUCAGAAGGAAAGGGAAGAGCAUUUACGUCUCUACCACCAGCAUUUUCAGCAGCCACCUCUUCUACAGCCAAAACUGAACUACCAACCUCUUGAGAGGUUCUUAACGCAGUACAAGCCCCAGGAGAUCCAAGUGAAGCAGGAGCCGAGUCUUACUCCUACGGAAGUACAGAGCAAAGAGGGCUUACAGCUGGAAGAUCUGGAUGACAGUGAUUUCAGCGAAGAUUCUUUCUCACCCGUCUGUAGUCAGAAGAGCGUGAAAAGAAGGAACACCAACAAAUGCAGUCAACAUUCGUUUUUCCUUCAUCAGAGAGAACAAGGAACUGAAGAAGAGCAAAAAGGCCAAAAGCAACAGGACUUAUUUUUUAAAUAUGCAGUGCCCAGGCAAGAACAUGAACUAGAUGACAGCUGGGAUUGUAGCCAGGGCAGCCCGAAGUCAGAGGAAUCCAUUCAAAAUGCAGGCUGCAGCAAAACUCCAUCAGACUGGUGCUAUGAUUUCACUGUUGAGUCCUCUCCAAGCAAUACUGCAGAAAAACCUUACUGCCUGCAGGAAGAUCCUGCUUGUAACUGGAAGAACGGCCAAGGUUUCCUAACUGAUCAGAAACAAUACAACCCCAAACACAGAAGUCUUGCCUACUCCAGCGAAGCCACCUUAACUUCAGAAAAGGAUGCUUCAAACCUGUAUGUUUCUCCUGUAUUGAAGCUGGGAACUCCAGAGGGCAAAGAGAUCGACCUCCAGCAUGAAGAGGGGGAAGAAUCCACUUUGGAUAGACAGGCUGCCCUUGCAGGAGAUGUAAAAUGGAAAACCAAAAAAAAUGGAGUUAACAGUCGUAGAUCUUCCAGUUCUUCCUCAGAAUUCACUUCUGAGCGAAUGGCCCCUCUCACAGGAUCCCUUCUUAACUACAAGGAAACAGCCGAUACAGAGCAGGUGCCUCCUCACCAGGAGAAGUCCCCCCGUGCGAAGCAGAUGUCGGGCAGGAGCGCACAAGGCUCCCAGCACCGUCCUGGGGAGGAGGGCUGGCAGUGUACAAGAAGCAGAGCUCUGACGGACAGCAUGCUGGAACUGGGGGAGCAGGCACGUCGCGGCGGAAGACACUGCCCCCUGCUCUGCUCCCCACAAACAGGGGACGAGCGGCGUUCACCCAAAGCAUGCUGCUGCCUCCUGGGCUCCGGUCCACCGGAGCAAGGAGUCCUUCACCGUUUACUUGUUGGAUGUGACCACGUGACGCAGGAAAUAAAUGCUGAUACCCCUGAAAAGAGCUGUUUUCCAGGUGCACUGUGCUUUCUCAGUGCGGGACAUGCGGAUUACACAGUCCAGUCCCCCUCUCGAGACAGCAGCCUGCUGCUGCAACCCACAUCAGGACCGAGGAAUGAGGACUUCAGUCAUUCUGCAGACCCAGCCAAGUCGUCGUUCAGCAGUGAGGAAGCAGGGUUGCUGAAAAACAACUUAAUGAAGAGCAUUUUUACACAAGAGACUUCUGCUGUGAAUUCAGGAUUUGCAACCAAAGAUAAUAAGCCAUCGGCAAAUGGAAAGAGCCCUUCGGACACGUCCGGCAGCAGCUGUCCAAGCGCUACAUCAGAGAUGGGAAAAUGGCAGAGGGAAGCCCUAGAAAAGGCACAACAGGCUGUAAUUCGGGCCCAUCGGCAGCAGCUGGAUGAAAUGGCAUCCUUGUGCCUCAUGGAAGAAUGCUUGAUACACCAGAUGUCAGCAAUG